UGUGCACAACUCUUCCGCGCCGCUCCCCGUCGCGGGAAUUGUGCGUAUUGCUGGCCGCCUGCCGCCUCGGUCAGCACACUGGUCAGCACACUGGCGUCUCUGAACACUCUCAUCUUUAAGAAUUGAGUGACUUUGUGACUUGGAGGAUGUGGACUUAGUGGCUGGAUUCAAGGACGAACAAGAAGAGAAUGUCAGUGGUGCAUCAGCUCUCUUCAGGAUGGUUAUUAGAUCAUCUUUCUUUCGUUAACAACAUAAACUACCAACUUCACCAACAUCAUGAGCCUUGUUGCAGUAAAAAUGAACGCACUUCAUCUGCCCACUUGGAUCCUCUUCAAAAGGAUUCUUUGAUGUCUUUGGGAGCCUCUGCUACAUUUAGUGCUUUUGACUCUACCACUAAGCCAGAUAAUGAUGCCAGAGGAAAUUGUAAAAUCGUCAUACAGAGAUACGUUUUUCGAUCUGAGCUAUUUAAUGUCACCAAACCUUAUAUAACCCCAACUGUUCACAAAGAAUGCCGGCAAAGGAAUGAAAAGGAAGAUCCAAUGGAUGGUGUUAAAGAAGAAAACUGCAUUUCUAUUGGGAAGAAGCGUAAAAGAUGUGUCGUUUUCAAUCAAGGUGAAUUGGAUGCUAUGGAAUAUCAUACGAAGAUCAGGGGACUGAUUUUGGAUGGCUCUUCAGAGUUAAUCCAAGAAGGUCUCAAAAGUGGCUUUCUUCAUCCACUUUCUGAAAAAUGGGACAAGUGUAGUGAGCCCAUUACUUUACCACUUGAUACCUGCAAUUUGUCAGAAUUAUGUGCAAUGGCAAAGCAUUUGCCUUCUCUGAAUGAAAUGGAACUUCAGGUGUUACAAUUGAUGGAUGAAGAUAUGUCCGUUACAGAACAGGAUUUAUUUUCACGGGUUGUUGAAAACAACUCUAGCAUUACAAAAAUGAUUACUUUAAUGGGACAGAAUUACCUGGUGCCACCAAAAAGCAGUUUUCUUUUGUCUGACAUUUCUUGCAUGCAUCCACUUCUGAACUGUAGGAAAACAUAUGAUGUAAUUGUGAUAGAUCCACCAUGGCAGAACAAAUCAGUUAAAAGAAGUAACAGGUAUAGCUAUUUAUCACCACUGCAAAUAAAGCAGAUACCUAUUCCUAAACUGGCGGCUCCAAACUGUCUUGUUAUUACUUGGGUGACCAAUAGACAGAAGCACCUACGUUUUGUAAAGGAAGAACUUUAUCCUUCUUGGUCUGUUGAGAUAGUUGCUGAGUGGCACUGGGUAAAAAUCACCAAUUCAGGAGAGUUUGUGUUCCCAUUAGAUUCUCCACACAAAAAGCCUUAUGAAGGUCUUAUACUGGGGAGAGUUCAAGAAAAAACUGCUGUACCAUUAAGGAAUGAAGAUGUAAAAGUACUUCCCAUUCCAGAUCACAAAUUAAUUGUCAGUGUGCCCUGUACUCUUCAUUCCCAUAAGCCACCUCUUGCUGAGGUUCUAAAAGACUAUGUCAAGCCAGAUGGGGAAUAUUUGGAAUUGUUUGCUCGAAAUUUACAGCCAGGUUGGACUAGUUGGGGCAAUGAAGUUCUCAAAUUUCAACACAUGGAUUAUUUCGUUGCUCUGCAGUCUAGAAGCUGACUAUGAUCUUAAAGUUCUGAUUUUCUUCAGUUUUUCUUACCCCGUUUCCCCUUAUUCUAAUGGAUAUUUCAUUUUCUUACCAACCAGUAUGCUUAGACAUGUAAAUAGGACUUGGUUUCUGUGCAGAAGAUCAGAAGUGACUAGUCUUUAUGUAAUUUUGAGAUGAAUUUACUUCAUUCGUACCAGUAUUCCCCAUUAUUCCAGGUUCACUGCAAAUAAAGAGGUAAGCAGUUAGAAAAAUGACAAGACUUUGUUAUCGAAAAAGUUCGGAAAGCAUGCACUGUGAACCAGAGGUCAUAAUUCUGCCUAUAGAUGUGUUUUAUUUGGCUCAUAUGGUGUUGUAAAAGAAAUUUGAACCAUCAUCCCGAAAAAUCAGGAAAUUUCACGUAAAGUGUAGAUUUUUGCUUUACUUUAAACAUCGGAAGCUCUGGCUGCACUGCAGUCUGUGUUCUUACUGGGCAUCAGUCAGUAGGACCCAGUGGUAGCAGUUCACUUGGGAAGGGACAUGGGCUCUGCAGUUUACCACAGUAACACUUGCUCCAUGCCACUCGCUUUUGUUGUCUACUUGGCCUCUGUGCAACCCAAAUUUUUGACUUCUGGUAUACUGUUACAUUCUGGAAAAAUAUUGAGAGACCUACCAAGUACCUCAUCAUUGUACUGAGCUUAUCCUUUAUGGAGGGUUUUAAAUUGCAUUCAAGAUCACUCUUCAAGUACUUCUUAGUUUUGCUAGUUUUUUUUAGAAGAUUUAAAAAGUAUUUCCUAUAAUAAUGUCAGAAGAUAACACUGCUUAUCAUUUAAAAGAUAUUUAUAUUAUUUACAGA